AUGGGUGCGACCUUGGGCACGGUCAUAGGCCCAGCACCAAUGGCGAAGGCGCCCGAGGAGGAUUAUCGUCCUCACGACUUGAUGACCGUCCUCGGCGUUCGGCAUACCGUCUCGUGCACGGCAUCUGCUCUGCAAAAGACAGCUCGUGCUAUCGCUACGGGAAGCAGAAUACACAAACAUCGGACCAAAUCGACACGCUCUAGCCUGGAACAAACCCCAAGGGCAUCAAGUUCCACGCUAGACUCGAACUUGGACACCGGCCGUGGCAGUAGAGAUCGCUGGGCAAGCCUUUACGAGCCUCCACUGAAGAUAUCCACGCUUGUUCAAUCGCGCCUCACCCGCGAUGAUUUCCUCGUGCUGAGCAACAGAAAGAUUGGGCUCGUUCGCGCAUACCCCGAGAUGUUUGCAAACAAUCAUACCCACUUAAACCUCCAUCCCUCCGGCAUGGACUACCUGAUUUUCCCGGAGCACGCUCGCGGAUUCCUCUACUACUACCUCCCGCCCAACGGCCCGGCGCUUUCCGGACAGCUGCGGUUCCGCGUGACCGGGAAGAACGACCCCGCUCUGUUCUCCUCCGGCGAGGACCUCCUCCGCUCCGACCACCUCCCAUGGCGUACUCCCAUCGUCCCCAUAUCCUUCCGGAAGUCCUACCAGGCGCUGCAGCGCCGCCUCCUCGACGACGGGCUCGUGUCAGAAGAUUUGCUGCGCGUCGCGUCCAGCCUGCCGCCCGACGCGAAGAUGAUCAACGUGGGCUCCACGCGCAUGGUGCACGCGUUCGGCCAGCCGUUCCUCCUCAACUUUGGCCAGACCAACCAGUACUUCUACCUGGUGGGCGCGGGUACUAUAAUUCGUGCGAGCCCUACAAUCUCGCGUCUUGUCCCAGGGAGGCCGUUGAUGAGAGGAUCUGCGCUCUGCUGCUUCGAGAAGUCGACGCGCCCCGAGCACGCCGGGCGCCGUGUCGUGGUCUGCCGCGUCGUACGCAUUCUGGAGCCGUUGGAGGCGAUCGGGCUCACCCCUGUCCCGGACGAGCUUGUUCCGCGCGAGGGCGAGCUCAUACGGACGUGUUUUGCGGACGGGUAUUUUAGCAGGGGAUGGACAUUCGAUGUGGACCGCCUCCUGGCGCUGAGGCCAGAUACGCGCGGUGGCAAGUUCGGGGCUGGUCUUGACCUGCUCUACGACAACGAGGCGCGCGCGGGAGGGCCUGUGGGCUGGUAA